ACGAGUGAUCGAGUCGCCGAGAAGAUCGAUUGGCCAGUGUAUUCUUUCAUGAUCAUAAUUGUAUUAGCGCUGUAAUUAAACUCGACAAUAUUAUGUUGCGUUUAUAAAUUGGCGGUCUCUUUGAUUUCUAGUUGACAGUGGUACAUUCGGCGCGAGCGGACUUCAUUCGUUAAAACCUCCUGGUGACAUAGCCGUGAUAUAUGGCUCUCAGUGGUGGAUUAUGAGCCAGUGCUGUACAGGCAUUAGUGAAUUAGAGGCAUGUCAACUAUCUGUAGAGAGGCACGCGUGGGGAGGGACUAAGGAAACACUACACCGCAGAUUGUAUCUGUCGCUAGAAAGAUACCAAACUAUAUAAGGUUUAUUUUACAAAUUAAUUGAAUUAUUCCUUUUGAAGUUGGAAUUUUUGCGUUCGUGGAUAUAUGUUACAUUUGUAAGUAAGAUAAAGAAGUAAAGCGAUAUUUACUUUUGCUUAAAGAUUAAAAUUGUCUUUGAAGUGUGAGGCUAAUCUGAAGCCGCGAAAUGUUGAAACUUUGUAAACGUGCUCGGCGUACGGCGAAGGUAACUUCGUGUAUUAAAGUGCGUGUGGUGAAUACGAUUUAGUGUUGGAUGUAUUAAGGAUGCUCGUAUGCGAAGUAAAAAAAUAUAUAAAUGAAAUAAUAUAAAUGAAAUAGAAUAUAACUCGGCGAUACAAGUAUUCAUCCACCUCCUACAUUUCAAUGUGACCCUUUCUCUCGUCAACAAUGUGUGUCAAUGUGUUAUUAUGGCUACCAAUUCUGGCGGCAAAACUCAGUCUGCUGUGCGGACGGACGAACAGUGCGUCCAUGAAAUACAUCGACAAUAGCUCGGAGCGACAUGACAGCUUCUUCCGGUACGCAACGGAAGAGGAGCGGUGGGCGGACGCCGCCUUCAUGUACAUCCGGCGCCUCGAUUGCUCGGACGCCACGGACGCGUUCUUCACCACUAAACGGGAGUGCGGUAACCUGGUGACGAUCCCCCGCGAGGAGAUGAACGUCUACCUGGCCCCGCCCUCAAUGUUCGGCUACAAGUACAAGACUUUCCUACCCGAUGAGCCCCUCUCCCGGGGCGCGAGUCACGACGGCGUGCUUGUUAUUGACCCCUACCCACGGGCAAACUUCGGUCACCUGGUGUUAGUGUUCCACAUAGACACCAGCGUUAGCCCCAGUGACUGCUAUGACAUGGAAGGACAGAUACUGGGUCACCAGCAAUGUCUGACGUUGGCGUUACGUAAACGCUGUAAGAACGCGUUAGAGCGACGCUCCAAACGGAGAAACUUCGCUCGACGUUGUGAGAUAAACUUUCUGCCUGUCGUCCAAUACGACACCGGCGGUCAGCCGUCUGCGGCGACAUCAUAUUCCUCUCCGGACGCAGUUCAGCCGGCUGCCGACGCCAUCGGUUUUGAAUCGUUUCCAAGCAAACGAGAAAACCACCUCGAAUGCCGUUCCGGGUUCGCGGGAUUUGGAAAGUGCCCGGAUAUCCGGUCCGUGGAGGAGACGUCCGAGCUGAUAUGUAAUCCCAUCCGUGACAACACCCAACGCUGCUCCACCACGCACGAGACGGUCCAUACGAGCUGCCGGAUGUUCGAGAUCUGCGAUCAAGCGGUGAUUCUAUCGGGCGGCUGGAAUCGCAUCACUUCCGGUCGCCGCCAUCAGCGUAACGUUGAGUUGUUCUAUUGGAUGCUGCGAGAGAACGGGUUCAAGAGACGCAACAUCAAGGUGUUCUUUGCCAACGGGGCCACUGGGGUUCACAUGCCGGGCGAGCACCCUCAUCAGGUACUUCCGGCCGCCAUGAAGCUGGCCUUCCGGUACCACGUGCAGACCAUGUGUCGCACUGUCCAUUGCGUGGACUCUCUUCUCAUCUACAUGAAUUCGCCCACUAAGACUGACGGCACGUCGCUACUCUGGGACGUCAACGGGGACGGCAUGGCGGAGGCGGGGGAGCAGUACACGGUGGAGGAGCUCCAGGACGACCUGGCUUCCUGUGCUGCCCGGAAGGUCCAUCUCGUCAUCGACCAGAGCUACAGCGGCGAGAUCGCGCAGGUGUUCAAAAACUCUCCCGUACACGAGAACGUGAUCGUGUUCGCCAGCGGGAAGGACCACGAGUACAGCUACGAUGACGAGUUCACUCUACACUGGGUGCGAGCCAACCACCGCAAAGACUGUACGCGAAAAAUUCACCAGGACAGCGCUAAAGAGGUGAAGGGCUCCUCGCCGGUAAUGAGGGAGGGCGACCAAGGUACCAUACAAUCCACAAUCUUCGGGGCGCCAUGUGACGUCACACCGGAGUUCUCCGAGCAGGAACUACGUGAGAACUAUCUGGGCUGCCAAAACCUGCCGACCGCUGAGUGGCUCAAGGUGCUCGCCUCCAGCAAGGGCGACUAGUGUCGGAAUCCAGGGAUCCAGGCUCGUUUGAGAUCUUAAGACGUUUUAUAUACAACUGAAUUGGAGUAUAAAAAAUGGACUAUCAUUAUCAGCAUGUUCCUGAAAGAAAGGGCGCAUUGAAAAAUUAUAUCGAAGGAAUAAGAAAACUUACCGAACUUCAGUAAUUCUAACAGUGGUGCUUAGGUAUUAUGUCCAUUCAAAAUGCGUCGUUAUGUAUAUAUGUCCUUCCAUGUUUUAUAAGCCGAGCACCAGUGCCGCCGUACUGUGAUAUGUGGGACGAGCUGAAAGAAGCACCAGUUUCAGUGAAUAAUGACGCCAUCGAUCGACGACAUUAUAAAUUAUUAAUAAGUCGCAAUUGCGUAGUGGAUAUGUUUCCGCCUAGCGACCGGUCUCGGAUUCUUCAGAACAGCCCGAAGGACACCAAUUACUGGUUCUAUCCUGGAAACUGACUCGAGAAUAGCUCAACAAGACUCGAGCUUUCGAUUUAAUUGAGCUUACAUGAACAGUUUUAAACCAAAUUAUUUAUACUUUUUAAAAUGUGUUUGGUUGAAUUGGAAACGUUAAUGAAACUGUGUGCAGCGUGUUCUGCAAAAAUGCCGUGGGGCUGAUAGUUUGUCCUGUGACGAUAGCAGAUGUAGCAACACGCGAAUACACAUAUAAAUGUGUUGCUAAAUAUACGAGAUACGUUACGAUACAUAUGUGUGACGCAUAAUACUAUUAAAUGCGUGUCUCAUUAGAAUAAAUGUAUGUGAUACGUGCUAUAAAUGUAUUACUUAUAACAAUAUAAUUGAUACGUGAGACGCGUUACAAUAAAAGAGUGUAACACAAGACUAUUGCAUUUGUUGACACGUGAUAAUCAUCAGCGUGUCACGUGAAGAUACACGUGUAAGACAAUGUACGUGAACGUUGUGGACGGUGGUGACAGUCUGCCAAUGCUGUCACAAUGCGCACCAUAAAGCUGCACGCGAACUUCUUGUUUAGCACUCGAACAUUGAACAUUUCGGCCAGUCUUUUUGUGUUCUUAGCUUCGUAGAAUCAUAAAUUCGUAUUCUACACGUUACCCAUUUCCUGUUACGCCGUAAUAUGUGUUUGCUAUUCACGCGCUGUGAUUGUCAGUAUUUAUUUUCUGUCUUUUUUAUUUCCAGCGCAAGACAUGUAUACUGUACAUAUAUACUGUAUUGUUAAAUUGUCUGUAUACAGCUGUUGUAAUUUCAAGCUACAAUAAAAUGUUUUGUUUUACAAAA